AUGCAAACUGGUGUGGGUCAAGUGCGGGGGGAAACAGUCCUUUAUCUGCUGGAGAACGAGUUUCUCGAAACAUUUGAUGGGGAUGGGGAUGAUGAUAGCAGAUAUGGCUCUCACGGCGCCGCCUGCGUCUCUUUGCGGACCCGACAACAAUCUGCGGGGCCCCCGAUUGUCUCGCUACGGACCGAGGAACGCGAGGAGGCUCGUGCGCGCUCGGAAGCGGCCGCGCGCGUUCUGCCUGUCGACGUCUCGGGAGCGUGCACGAGCGCGGACGUCAAGGACGGUCGACGCGACGCGAGCAUCCUCUUUGUCUUGGUUCUAGCGGUGCUGAUCCUGGUGAGGUCAUCGCCCUGGAGAAACGUGCUGGAGGUGCGCGCGUCGCUGCUGCUGCUGGCGCUGCACUGCGGCGCGAUGGCGCUGUGCGGCUGCGAGCCACGCGUGGUCCACGUGGGCGCCGUGCUGAGCCAGAAGCGCUACGAGCAGGUGUUCCGCGAUGCCGUGGCCCAUGCCAACGCCGCCUACGGGCGCGAACGUUUCAAGAUGAACGCCAUCGCCGUCACGCACAAGGCCAACGCCAUCCAGAUGGCGCUCUCCGUCUGCGAGGAUCUCAUCUCCAACCAGGUGUACGCCAUCUUGGUGAGCCACCCCCCGCAGUCCAACGACCACCUGACUCCGACACCCGUGUCCUACACGGCCGGCUUCUACCGCAUUCCCGUGGUGGGCCUCACCACGCGCAUGUCCAUCUACUCCGACAAGAGCAUCCACCUGUCGUUCCUGCGCACGGUGCCGCCCUACUCGCAUCAGGCCAGCGUGUGGUUUGAUUUGAUGCGUGAGUUCCGCUGGAAUCAUAUCAUCCUCAUCGUCAGCGACGACCACGAGGGACGAGCGGCGCAGAAACGACUGGAAACGCUGUUGGAGGAGAAGGAGACCAAGACUAAAAUCAGGAACUAUGAAAACGUGGACCAACACGGCUUUGACUUCCGGAGAACGCCUAAGGCCGAGAAGGUUCUUCUGUUUGGACCCGACACCAAUCUGACCGCCCUGCUCAUGGACGCCAAAGACCUGGAGGCCCGCGUCAUCAUCCUUUCUGCCAGUGAGGACGAGGCGGCAGGUGUCUACAAAGCAGCCCGUCACCUCAACAUGACCGGUUCUGGUUACGUUUGGAUCGUCGGAGAGAGAGAGAUGACGGGAAAGGCUUUGAGUGAAGCACCGGAUGGCCUGCUGGGUCUGCAGCUGAUUAACGGUAAAAACGAGUCGGCGCACAUCACGGACGCCGUGGGAGUGGUGGCGCAGUCCCUGCAGGAGCUUCUGGACAAGGAGAACAUCACGGAACCUCCACGAGGGUGCGUGGGCAACACCAACAUCUGGAAGACAGGGCCCCUCUUCAAAAGGGUGCUGAUGUCCUCCAAGUACACGGAGGGGCUGACCGGUCGCAUCGAGUUCAACGACGACGGCGACCGGCGCUUUGCAACCUACAAUAUCCUUAACUACCAGCAGAAGCCCGGGAGGCUUGUCCAGGUCGGAAUCUUCAACGGCUCGCAGGUGGUGAUGAACCCCCAGAGGAAAAUCAUCUGGCCCGGCGGGGAGACCGAAAAGCCAGUCGGAUACCAGAUGUCGACCAAACUCAAGAUCGUGACCAUCCACCAGGAGCCUUUUGUCUACGUCAAGCCCACCAAGGCGGAUGGAACGUGUAAGGAGGAACACACAGUCAACGGGGUCCUCAUCAAGAAGGUCAUUUGCACCGGACCCAAUGGAACCAUUCCAGGUCAGCCGACGGUUCCUCAGUGUUGUUAUGGCUUCUGCAUUGACCUGCUCAUCAAAUUGGCCAUGAGCAUGAACUUCACCUACGAGGUGCACUUGGUAGCCGACGGAAAGUUUGGAACGCAAGAGAGAGUGAACAACAGCAACAAGAAGGAGUGGAACGGCAUGAUGGGCGAGCUCCUGGGGGGUCUGGCCGACAUGAUCGUGGCCCCUCUCACCAUCAACAACGAGCGCGCUCAGUACAUCGAGUUCUCCAAGCCCUUUAAGUAUCAGGGCCUGACCAUCCUGGUCAAGAAGGAAAUCCCUCGCAGCACGCUGGACUCCUUCAUGCAACCUUUUCAGAGCACCUUGUGGCUCCUUGUCGGCCUGUCGGUCCACGUGGUGGCAGUGAUGCUCUACCUAUUAGACCGGUUCAGCCCGUUCGGAAGGUUUAAAGUCAACAGCGAAGAAGAAGAAGAAGACGCCCUCACCUUGUCCUCGGCCAUGUGGUUCUCCUGGGGGGUUCUGCUGAACUCCGGCAUUGGAGAAGGAGCCCCGAGGAGUUUUUCGGCCAGGAUUCUGGGAAUGGUGUGGGCGGGAUUCGCCAUGAUCAUCGUGGCGUCGUACACGGCCAACCUGGCCGCCUUCCUGGUGCUGGACCGGCCUGAGGAGCGCAUCACUGGCAUCAACGACCCCAGGCUGCGAAACCCGUCAGACAAGUUCAUCUACGCGACGGUCAAGCAGAGCUCGGUCGACAUUUACUUCCGGCGUCAAGUGGAGUUGAGCACCAUGUAUCGUCAUAUGGAGAAGCACAACUACGAGAGCGCCGCUGAGGCCAUACAGGCUGUCAGAGACAACAAACUGCACGCCUUCAUCUGGGACAGCGCUGUGCUGGAGUUCGAGGCGUCGCAGAAAUGCGACCUGGUAACCACCGGCGAGCUUUUCUUCCGCUCGGGAUUUGGCAUCGGGAUGCGGAAGGACAGCCCCUGGAAGCAGAACGUUUCGCUGGCCAUUCUAAGUUCACAUGAGAACGGCUUCAUGGAGGACCUGGACAAGACUUGGGUUCGAUACCAGGAAUGUGACUCCAGGAGCAACGCGCCGGCCACACUCACCUUCGAGAACAUGGCAGGUGUGUUCAUGUUGGUGGCGGGCGGCAUCGUGGCGGGCAUAUUCCUCAUCUUCAUCGAGAUCGCCUACAAACGACACAAGGACGCCCGCAGGAAGCAGAUGCAGCUGGCCUUUGCCGCCGUCAACGUCUGGAGAAAGAACCUGCAGCCGUACCCGACCGACAUCACCGGCCAGAUCAACCUAUCGGAUCCCUCCGUCAGCACUGUGGUGUGA